AUGUAUACAAGUCACGAAGACAUUGGGUAUGACUUUGAAGAUGAUCCCAAGGAUAAGAAGACACUUAAGUCACACCCAAACAUUGAUGGCGGAUGGGCUUGGAUGAUGGUCCUGUCCUCCUUCUUUGUGCACGUCCUCAUCAUGGGCUCCCAGAUGGCCCUGGGUGUCCUCAACGUGGAGUGGCUGGAAGAAUUCCACCAGAGCCGCGGCCUCACCGCGUGGGUCAGCUCUCUGAGCAUGGGUAUCACCCUGAUUGUGGGCCCCUUCAUCGGCUUGUUCAUCAGCACCUGCGGGUGUCGCAGGACCACGAUCCUCGGGGGACUGCUGUACUCCCUGGGCUGGGUGCUCAGCGCCUACGCGGAGAGCGUGCGUGACCUCUUUGUCACUUUUGGAGUCACAGCUGGUCUGGGCAGCGGGAUGGCCUACCUCCCGGCUGUGGUCAUGGUGGGGAGGUAUUUCCAGAAGAGGCGAGCCCUGGCCCAGGGCCUCAGCACCACGGGGACGGGAUUUGGCACCUUCCUCAUGACUGCGCUGCUGAAGUACCUGUGUGCAGAGUACGGGUGGCGCUACGCCAUGCUGAUCCAAGGCGCGGUGUCCUUGAACCUGUGUGUCUGUGGGGCGCUCAUGAGGCCCCUGUCCCCUGGGAAGGAUGGAAACGCCCCUGCUCCCUCCCCUGAGUCUGUGAAGUCAGGUGGACAGCUGGCCAGGCCAGCGGAGGCAGACGACGACGGCGCCGGGAAGGAGGAUGCUCGCUGUGACCUUCAGGCCGCGGAGCGUCAAAGUCAGGCACGGCCCGGGGAGAACGCGUGCGCCCUUCGGGUUCUGAAGACCGUGAGCCGCCUCUCCGUGAGGGUCCGGACCGGCUUCAGGGACUGGUACUCGGGUUACUUCGGGACGGCGUCGCUUUUUAGCAAUCGCAUGUUCGUAGCUUUCAUCUUCUGGGCUCUGUUCGCAUACAGCAGCUUCGUCAUCCCCUUCAUCCACCUCCCAGAAAUUGUCAACUUGUAUAACCUGGCGGAGCAGAACGACGUCUUCCCCCUGACUUCGAUCAUAGCAAUAGUUCAUAUCUUUGGGAAGGUGGUCCUGGGCGUGGUGGCCGACCUGCCCUGCAUCAGCGUCUGGAACGUCUUCCUCACCGCCAACCUCACACUGGUCCUCAGCAUUUUGAUCCUGCCCUUGAUGCAAACCUACGCCGGCCUGGCCGCCAUCUGCGCCCUGAUUGGCUUCUCCAGCGGGUACUUCUCCCUCAUGCCGGUGGUGACCGAGGACCUGGUGGGCAUCGAACACCUGGCCAACGCCUACGGCAUCAUCAUCUGUGCUAACGGCAUCUCCGCCUUACUGGGCCCUCCAUUUGCAGGGUGGAUCUACGACAUCACACAAAAAUACGAUUUUUCCUUCUACAUAUGUGGUUUGCUUUACAUGGUCGGAAUCUUCUUUUUACUCCUCCAUCCUUGCAUUCGAAUUAUAGAACAAUCCAGAAGAAAGCACACAGACGGGGCACAUGUUUAGUGUCACAUCAGCGUCUUGGAUUUCAUUGUGGUUCUCAUGUCUACC